AUGCCUCCAGUCGAGUCUCACGAGCUCCGCCGGGGCAAGUACGCGAAGCUCGACGCCCCGGUCGACGACGAUAGCCCCACGCGCUCUUCCUUCGAUUCGAAUGCCUCGUCCUACGAAGACCUCGAAGAGUACGACCCGUUGAACUACGAUGCGGGCACCCUGAAGCGGAAGAAGAGCACAGGCGACCUGCGCACGCGAAAGCCGUCCUACAAAGACGCCGAGAUCGCCGCAGUCCUCCCGAAAGCGAAGCGGAAAUGCACACCGGGGCGGUGGUGCUGCUGGCUGCUGACGUUCGUCACUGCUACUGUGCUGCUGCUCUCUGCUGGCGGGAUAUGGGCUUGGAAAUACUCUGCGCCCAAGGACGGCUUGAGUCCGCCGUGGUAUCCCACGCCGAAGGGUGGGACGGAUGCUGCGUGGGAAGAGAGCUACAAGAAAGCGGCAGAGCUGGUCAAGCAGAUGACGCUGGUGGAGAAGGUUAAUGUCACGACGGGCACGGGAUGGAGCAUGCAGAUGUGUGUGGGCAAUACCGGGCCUGUCCCGCGACUCAAGUUCCCGGCGCUGUGUCUGCAGGACGGACCGCUGGGCAUCAGGUUCGCGGAUAAUAUCACGGCAUUCCCAGCAGGUAUCACCGUCGGAGCAACGUGGAACAAGGACCUGAUGUAUCAGCGGGGUAGGGCUCAUGCUAAGGAGGCGCGGCUGAAGGGUAUCAAUGUGCUCCUCGGACCUGCGAUGGGCCCUCUUGGGCGCAUGCCCGCAGGAGGACGCAAUUGGGAAGGCUUCGGCUCGGAUCCCGUCCUGCAAGGCAUCGCAGCUGCUCAGACAAUCAAGGGCAUACAAGAGGAGGGCGUGAUGGCUACAGCCAAGCACUACGUGCUUAACGAACAGGAGCACUUCCGACAAGCAUGGGAAUGGGGCAUCCCGAACGCCAUCUCGAGCAAUAUCGAUGAUCGGACCCUGCAUGAAAUCUACGCCUGGCCUUUUGCCGACUCAGUCAGGGCCGGGGUGGUCUCCAUUAUGUGUUCCUACAAUCAGGUUAACAGCAGCUAUGCUUGUCAAAACAGCAAGCUCCUGAAUGGCAUCCUCAAAGAUGAGCUAGGCUUCCAGGGCUUCAUUCAGAGCGAUUGGUUAGCCCAGCGAGCUGGCGUUGCAAGUGCUCUCGCCGGAUUGGACAUGACUAUGCCAGGUGACGGGCUUCGAUGGGCGACGGGGGAGAGCCUGUGGGGUCCCGAGCUUACGAAGGCGAUCUUGAACGGCAGCGUGCCGCUAGAGCGGAUCGACGAUAUGGUUACCCGUAUUGUCGCGGCGUGGUAUCAAGUUGGGCAAGACAAAUGGCCGCUCCCGCCUCCUGAUGGCGAUGGUGGUCCAAAUUUCUCGUCAUGGACCAACGAGAGGAUCGGCAAACUGCACGUCGGAAGCCCAUCCGAUACAGACACAGGCGUAGUCAAUCAGUUCGUUAACGUGCAGGGAGAAGGCGACGACUUCCAUGGUAACCUGGCCCGCCGAGUCGCCGCCGAAGGUACGGUCCUCGUCAAGAAUGCGGACAACCUUCUGCCGCUUGACCGAAACGGGUGGAACGAAGAAGACAGGGCCGGCAAAGAAACAAAGUUCAGGGUCGGUAUUUUCGGCGAAGACGCUCGUCUCAGCCAUGACGGCAUCAAUGCAUGCGACGACCAGGGCUGUAACGACGGAACCCUAGCCUCUGGAUGGGGCAGCGGUGCAGCCAAUUUCUCAUAUCUCAUCGACCCUCUUUCUGCGCUCCGCAAAGCCUUCAACGACGACUCUGUGUACGUUACGGACUGGCCCGAAAACAAGCUUCCUGGGCAGAAGGAGAUUCUGGAAGAUCAAGACUUGUGCAUCGUCUUCGCCAAUUCGGAUGCCGGAGAAGGCUACAUGAAGUGGAAAGACAUACGCGGCGAUCGCAACGACCUCUAUCUUCAAAACGGAGGGGACAAACUCGUCCAAGACGUUGCGAAAGGGUGCGGAAAGGGCAGCGGCGACGUUGUUGUCGUGAUCCACACCGUCGGACCCGUUAUCUUGGAGAAUUUCAUUGAUCUACCCUCCGUGAAAGCAGUUCUCAUCGCCAAUCUGCCAGGUCAGGAAUCCGGCAACGCCCUUGUAGACAUUCUCUUUGGAGAUGUCAAUCCCUCCGGCCGGCUGCCCUACACCAUCGCCAAAAAAGAGGACGACUUCGGACCCGGUAGCAAGAUCAAGUACCUCCCUAGCCCAGCCGAUGGCCUCUCGCCCCAGCAGAACUUCUCUGAAGGCUUGUACAUCGACUACCGACACUUCGAUAAACAGGACAUCGCUCCACGAUACGAGUUCGGCUACGGCCUUUCGUACACUACGUUCCACCUCUCCUCUCUCCUGAUCAAUGGGCGAGGAGCCAAGACACCGCUCCCAGCGCCUCGUCCUUCGGGAAUUGCUCCUCCGUCCUACUCAACCGACCUCCCUGACCCGAAGUCUGCGCUGUUUCCGGAGGGCUUUCACAAAGUCGAGAAGUACAUCUACCCGUACCUGGAUUCUACUGAUGGCAUCGGAAAGACGGAGGUACUAGCUUCAAAGCUUCAAAGCCCACUCAGCGAGGCCGGCGGCGCGCAAGGCGGGAACCCCGACCUCUACACCACCGUCGUCUCAGUCUCAGCCUCGGUCACCAACAUUGGGCUGGUGGACGGCGACUGCGUUGUCCAACUCUAUGUCUCCUUCCCGGAGGGCUACAAAGAUCCCGAGACUGGCGAGUCCAUCGACUUUCCAGUGCGCGUCUUGCGUGCCUUUGAGAAGGUGCAUGUCGAAGCGUCAAAGCAGGGUCCCGUACCAGGCGUCAAGGGGAGUCAGCACGGCGGUGGAGGCAAUAGGCAAAUGGUCACGUUUGAUCUUACGAGGAAGGAUAUGAGUUAUUGGGAUGUGAGGAGGCAAAACUGGGUUAUGCCCAGCACAGGGGAGUUUACUAUUAGCCUUGGAUUCUCGAGUCGGCAUCUGCCGCUGACGGGGAAAUGGUAG